ACCUAUACAAUCCCAAACAUGUCUCUCUCUCUCUCUCUCUCUCUCUCUCUCUCCGUUGCUUGUUUAAUCUUCUCACUCUAACACUACAGUAACUUCCCUUAGAAAACUUUGAGGCUUUUUCCACUCCCAAACCAACUUUAGCAACAAUAUCAACAUGACAGAGGCAGAGGAACCCAAGAAGCUAGAACCCGAGUCACCCUCAGAUCCUCCACCUGCUCCGACUCCGGCUCCGGUGGAGGAAGAGAAGCCGGUUGUGGAAGCUCCAAAAGAUCCUGAGUCCCACAAGGACAAAUCUGAAAUUCUACCACCACCUCCUGAAAACAAGGCUGAGCCUGAUGAGUCCAAAGCUCUUGCUAUUGUUGAGAAGCCUUCUGAACCUGCUGCAGAAGAGAAAAGCAAGGAGGAUUCCGUCGAUCGGGAUGCUGUGCUAGCAAGAGUUGCAACAGAAAAAAAGCUGUCACUUAUCAGAGCAUGGGAAGAAAGUGAAAAAUCAAAGGCAGAGAAUAAGCUUGAAAAUCCGCCACACGUGCGGGGACGUAAAGUGCAUGUGUUCGCUAUCAGAGCUCACAAGAAACUAUCUGCCAUCGGUUCAUGGGAAAACACCAAGAAGGCAACUGUGGAGGCUGAGCUGAAAAAGAUCGAGGAACAAUUGGAGAAGAAGAAGGCCGAGUAUGUGGAACAGAUGAAGAACAAGAUAGCUUUAAUCCACAAGGCUGCGGAAGAAAAGAGGGCGGUGAUUGAAGCUAAGCGCGGGGAAGAUCUUCUCAAGGCGGAGGAAACUGCUGCGAAGUACCGUGCCACGGGGUAUGCUCCUAAGAAGCUCCUUGGUUGCUUUCCAGGUUGAACUUAAUAUUCGGGGUCCGAUGGAUAAACAUUUGAUGAUUUGUAUAUUUGGUUUGUUUGGAGUACAUUUGUUUAUUUAGAUUUGUUUUUUUCUUCACACAAUGGGGUCAUUGUUAGUUAUUGUGUGUGUUCGUAUUUGUGUAUAUACCCUAAAUUUGGAGAAAAAUAAACUUAAUUUAUUUUGUAAAAGAUCAAUUUUGUGUUUC